AUGAACUUCUACUACUAUCAACCAGCAUCAAUCAUGCAAGUCAUCCCAGUCCACUACGGUGUCCAACAGAACACAGAUAACUUCAGAACAUCAAUCAUUAGUUUAGUUGAAACACUUGAACAUGAAGCAAAGCAAAACUACACAAUUACACAAUUAUGCACACGCUUUGCAUUCCAGAGAAGACGUUUCUAUGAUGUAGUCAACGUUCUUGAAGCUGCUGGAUGCUGCCAAAAGACAAAUGUUGAUUGCUUCGUUUGGCUUGGUAUGGACAAUGUUAAAACACAUUUACAGAAUCUCAGCAACGAAGUUAAUCAGCAAAAUGCCGAUGCUAACAUUGAUGACAUUUUCCAGACAAGUGAUUCAGUCACAAUCUCAAAUCUUUCCACACAAUUCCUUCUUUCAUUCAUUGCUUUCAAUCGCCCAGCACUUGACAUCAAGAAAAUCAGUGCCUUCCUCUCAAGAAAUAACAACCGCCUGAAAACAACAUUGUGCAAGCUUUAUCAGAUUUCUCACAUCCUUGAAGUUGUUGGAAUCAUCUCAAAGUCUAUGAUGCCAGGCGAAGUUGUUCUCAACAAGCAAUUCUUCCCAGAUAUCAAGGUCAAAGCUUCCAAUGAUUCUCUCGACAUCGAAUCAUUGCUCAGCAGACCAGUUGAUAACUUAAACUCACGUGUCUUCGCAGAAAGAUGGAUUCAUUUCAACAAGGUUCAGGAAAUGAGUCUCCCAAGAUCACCAAUUUUCAUGGUUCCUUCACCAAUCUCCGCUUAA